CGGGGCGGGGCCGGCGGCGAGCGGGGACUCGGGGCUCGCGCGGCGCCUCUCGGGGCUCGGCCGCCGCCUCUGCGCGCAGCCCCGCAGGCCGGGCAUGGGCGGGGGCGCCGGGCCGGCACGAUGAGCGCCCUGGGCAGCCCGGUGCGGGCCUACGACUUCCUGCUCAAGUUCCUGCUGGUGGGCGACAGCGACGUGGGCAAGGGCGAGAUCCUGGCGAGCCUGCAGGACGGCGCGGCCGAGUCCCCGUACGGCCACCCGGCGGGCAUUGACUACAAGUCGACCACCAUCCUGCUGGACGGGCGGCGGGUGAAACUGCAGCUCUGGGAUACUUCGGGGCAGGGAAGAUUCUGCACCAUAUUCCGCUCCUACUCUCGGGGUGCACAGGGUGUGAUCCUGGUCUAUGACAUUGCGAACCGCUGGUCUUUCGAUGGGAUCGAUCGAUGGAUCAAGGAGAUCGAUGAGCACGCUCCCGGAGUCCCCAGGAUCCUGGUGGGGAAUCGCCUGCACCUGGCGUUCAAGCGGCAGGUACCCACGGAGCAGGCCCGGGCCUACGCCGAGCGUCUGGGCGUGACCUUCUUUGAGGUCAGCCCUCUGUGCAAUUUCAACAUCACGGAGUCGUUCACGGAGCUGGCCAGGAUCGUGCUGCUGCGGCAUGGGAUGGACCGGCUCUGGCGGCCGAGCAAGGUGCUGAGCUUGCAAGACCUCUGCUGCCGGGCGGUCGUGUCCUGCACGCCGGUGCACCUGGUGGACAAGCUGCCGCUGCCCAUCGCCUUACGAAGCCACCUCAAGUCCUUCUCCAUGGCCAACGGCCUGAACGCCAGGAUGAUGCACGGACGGUCCUACUCCCUCACCACCAGCCCCACCCACAAAAGGAGCGGCCUCCACAAAGUGAAGCUCGUCCGUCCGCCGCAGAGCCCACCCAAACACUGCACCAGAAACAGCUGCAAAAUUUCCUAAGGAAGGCUCGGUCUCUCCGGGAGAAACUCAGUGGCACCCAGGCAGCGGGCGGCUGCGUCGUGGAUUCCGGUGCAUCCUCUCCGUGAAUGUCGCCGCUUGGGAGCGCGUGCGGGGCCUCCUGGGCGGUGGAGACACACGCCGCUGUCGGACUUGGGAUUUCCACGUGGGUGUGCAUGAAGCUUGUUUUUGAUGUGUGUGUAUAAAGGGAAGAUUAGUACUCUGCUCGACUCUCGGUAACGUGAAAUGUCGAAUGUUACUUACACGAUGAUUGUGCUGCAACUUUUUCCUUAAAAUAACUGCUUUUGUAAGAGCAUAAUAUUCGAGUGGUUCAAAUUUGAGAGGCAAUGGUGGCGAGAAUUGAGAGCCAUCGAUAUUGCGAGAGGGGUCUUUUUGUAAAAGUCCUUUUUAACGUCAAAGCACCAAUUUAUAAAACGCUGCAGAUGUAGGGGUCCCGUGCAGGCAGACUGUCCGGUCUGUGUGUCCGGAUUUGAUAACGUUUUUGCUAGUUAUUUACUACAUUUUGGGAUUAAUAAGUGAUUUAUAUGCAUAUUUUUCUGUGAAUCUACCUUUUUUUGUACGAGAUGUUCUACAAGUUAUGAAGCUAAGGGAAGAAAAUGCCGAAGAUACCUCUAGUUACGUUGAAUGUUUUAGCCAACACCAUUUCAGCAGGCCAAGGAAGAGCUGCUUCAGUAAGGAACGAAGUGAAAACACUUAUUUAAGAAAAUGUUUCUCCACAAUAAAAUGUAUAGUUGUUUCUCUCUUGGUAGA